AUGGAGGAACAAAAGAUUUCAAGACAGAGUCUAUAUCAUGAUGAUUCAGGGUCAGAAUCAGAAUCAGAAUCAGAGGGAGUAAGUUAUAUGCCGCCAAAUUUGGAAUUUGAAUUUGUCGAAGUAGAGAACUAUGCUUCUGCAGAACCAAAAGAAGCAACACAAGAGGAUAAUCAUGAGGAAGAAGAAUUUGCAUUCCCAUUGUUUGCAUCUACCACGGCAAAAGAAGAAACUGAGUCAAAGGACACAGACGGUAAUGACCGAGGUCGAUCUAAAAUCGUACAACCAAUUCAAAAAAUAUCCCUACGUGAACACUCAGAAGAACGAAUAGAUAACGAACGACCAGAAUCAUAUUACUUUGCAUCAUACACCCCUGAAGAGAAAUCACAGUUUGCACAAGUUGCCGUUUCAGCUAAUGAUAUCUAUUCCCAAUAUUUUAUUCAGCCAAAUCUGCGGAAGCUAAUCAACUUGAAUGAGUAUAAUGCAAGUAUAGAAAAAGAACAACAGAAAGCAAAAGCAAAAAAGGCGAGGAAUCGACCAGGUAAAAAGAAGAGACAAAGUAAAAUUUUAUGUCGUGAAAGAAGACUUCAACGAGCUGCCAUUGCGAAAAAGGAGGAGAAAGAACGGAAAUUGAAGGAAAAGCAGGAAAAGUAUGGUAAAUUCAAGAGGCAGGGUGGUAGGCAUAUGAAAAAAACGUUUGGUAAAGCAGGGCCUGGUCGUAAUAAAUCUGCUGGUGGUAAAUUCGUUGGUGGUAAGCCAAAGUAUAGAACGGAAUAA